AAGAUAAAACUACUUUUAGCUUUUGUUCUUUUUUGUUUUUUGAAUUUUCCUUUGUACUAUAAUUUAAGAUCCUUUCAAUCUCUUGCACUGUGUAUGAAAAAUUUCUACUAUAGAGUCCAUGAAGUGAACUUUGUGAUGUAUUGGGAGAAAAUUCCCCAUAAUAAUAUAUUUCCUUAGACCUGAAUCAUAAACUUGCUGAAAGUUUUUCAAUUUAUUUUCAGGCUCUUCCAGGGAUUCCUAAGAUAAAGGAUGGUUACAAUCCAGCAGCUUGGAUGUUGGACAUAACUUCAUUUUCCAUGGAGACUAAUCUUAACGUGGAUUUUGCUCAAGUUUACCAUAACUCCUGUUUAUAUGGGAAAUACCAGCAAAUCAUAGAGGGAUUGAGUAGGACUUCAACAGGUUCAAAAGACCUUUGUCUAGAUUGCAUGCAUUCUCACGGCUUCUUGACUCAGUGCAUGGCAUGCUUAUGGAAACAACAUUGGUCCUAUUGGAGGAACCCUGAACACAAUGCCAUCCGCUUCCUCAUCACAGUCACUGUAUCGGUUUUAUUUGGAACCAUAUUUAGGGGUGUUGCUUUGGACCUAAGCAAGCAACAAGAUCUCCUGAACACUCUUGGUGCAACAUAUGCGUCGGCUUUAUUCUUAGGCCUCACGAACACUACUGCAGUUCAACCCAUAGUCGGGCUGGGGAGAACAGUUUUCUAUCGUGAGAGAUCGGCCGGAAUGUAUUCAGCCAUGCCUUAUACCAUUGCUCAGGUGGUCAUUGAGAUCCCAUAUAUUGUGAUCCAAGUUCUAGUCUUUGUCUUGAUCAUAUACCCGUUGAUUGGUUUCUCUUGGAUGUUGGCAAAGUUCUUAUGGUUUACCUUCUUUGUACUACUAAGUGUCUUGUACCUCACUCUUUUUGGGAUGACGGCUGUAGCAUUAACUCCAACACAAGAGUUGGCCGCCCUGAUCUCCUUCUUCUUCUUUAUCUUAUGGAACAUUUUCUCUGGCUUUUUCAUUGCGAGGCCUAUGAUUCCUCUGUGGUGGAGAUGGUUUUAUUGGGUUAAUCCUGCAGCUUGGACUGUUUACGGUUUGAUGGUUUCUCAGUUGGGAGAUCGAACUGAGACAAUCAAUAUACCUGGGCAAGCAAGCCAGAGCGUCAAAGAGUUUCUUGAAGUUUAUCUCGGACUUGAAGCUAAUUUUCUAGGUAUAGCUGUUGCAGUUCAGUUUAUCUUUAUUUUUCUGUUUUUGUUUGUUUUCUGUUUAUGCACCAAAUAUUUGAAUUUCCAGAGGAGGUGAUACUUCCUAAUCAUAUUCUUAUGAGUUCUACUUCUCUGAUGAAGUAUACAACUGCUUGUACCUUUACCUUAUUCUUAAAUUAAUAACUUGAGGUUCAACAUGCCUUGCA